AUGCCAUCUACUCAACAACACCAAUCUACGCUAAAAAACGGUGGACGCGGACGCAACAAAAAGGGUAAGUGUCACUGUGUCUUUUUUCAUUUUUCCCCCCUCAAUUCAUUUCGCAUUUUUGAUUAUUUGUUGUUCGGUAAUUCGAGAAGGCGCUGGAUAUUAUGAGGGGGAUCUAUUGACACGUUUUGGGCGCGACACAGUAAGACACACAAAAGUGUGUGUCGACUAGACUUUUUCGAAGAUCUAUCUGAAUCGAUCUCCUUUAAACGUUCAUGAUGAUGACAAACCUUUUCUCUCGCAAAAUGGCGUGAGCUUUGAGGCUUUCGAAUAAUUAGUUUGUCUCUGGGUCUCCCGGCCACCUGUCCUUUCACUCCAAACACCUACUAGAAGUUGGAACCCAAUGGAAGUGCACAAACCCGUGCAAUUAGGCUCCGGAAGGAAGGACGAAAUCGUUUCCAGCCGAGUAGUCCUUCAUUCUUUCUCUGUUACUUGCCCGCUUCCCUCCCUCUCUUCCUGAUAUAUUAAAAGUCGGUCCCCGUGUCAAGUCGUCGGCGGAUGCACUUGAAUUGGAACCUUUUUGCCUCUCGUCGCGCUUCUUUUCUUUUUCGCUCCUAACUUUUUGCUGCCCCUCAAGUGGGAGGGGUGCCAUCGUCUUCGUCACACGUAGGAUCAAUGUCGUCGGACACGAAGACUUCAAUAAAAAGUGGAUAGGGAGCUCACCGCUGCGCCUCUCCAAUUAAUACUUUUGCCAUCUUUCAUGUGUGCGUGUGUGUGCUUCCUUCGUCUUCACAACUUUCGGAAUAAAAAUAAGAUGAAGAAGAAAAGUCUCAACACACGCCUCCUCAAACUUCAUAAAUUCUUGAUCAGAUUUUCGUUUUGUUCUGCCACGAACACCUUCUCUUCGUGGAUUUUUCACCUUCAUCUGCCUCCUUUUCUCCCUCUAUUUUUCAACACAAUUUCAAUUAUAUCACUAAUAGCUCUCCCGCUCGCCCCCUUUGAAUUUCAUGCGUGUGCUUCCUUCUUCCGGAAGUUAGAGAGAGAGAGAGAUACUAACACCACACUUUCCCCCCGCUUCCCUUUUACCGAAUCAAUAGAGGUGGCAAUGCGCCCGAUUGCCACGUCAUCGACAAGAAGUAAGUUUCGUCGUCGCUGUGAUCCACCAACCUCUCGCCUAUAUAUUACGUUACUCGUCUUGUUUGGAAGACAUCCGUGUUGAUACAAAUUGUAGGGAAAAGGGUGUGAAGAGACAAAGAACGGGAAGAGAGAGGAAAAGAAGGGCGCACUGCACAGCAGCGGUCGCUCUCUGCUCUGAAUGAACAGACGUGCCGGCGGCCACGCUUCUUCGGCGUUCUGGAAUCGACGCGACACUGCCACUAGUACACAUAGAGAAGCAGAAGUGCCCCGAGAACGGGGGCGGGGCCUCGACAUGGCUGGCAACGUCUUCUGAUUUCAGGACACGGUCGCGAGUCAUCUGGGUAUCAUCACGCCGCUGUCGUCGAGGUUGGAGCCAUGGUGCUCCAGAAUAUGUUCAGGUCGGUUUUCUAAGAUCACAUUAUCAUGCGGCGCAUCCGGAAACAAACAAUUUGCAGUGCUCUCUCCUUCCUGCACUACCGGAAGGACGACGACUUCGUGGACAGGCUCUCCUACUUCUACACCUCCUCGUUCCUGAUCAUGAUGGCGGUUCUGGUGAGCUUCAAGCAGUUCGGCGGGCGACCGCUCGAGUGCUGGGUGCCCGCGCAGUUCACCGCCAGUUGGGAGGCCUACACGGAGAUGUACUGCUGGGCACAGAACACCUACUGGGUGCCCAUCGACCAGGACAUCCCGGUGGACAUCAGCGAAAGGGAAUACCGACAGAUCUCCUACUACCAGUGGGUUCCCUUCUUCCUGCUUCUCCAAGCGUUUCUCUACUACAUCCCGUGUCUCAUGUGGAGGCUGAUGAGCGAUAAAUCAGGUGAAACAUCUCCUGUUGUGUCGAUUCAAAGGUGAAUUUCAGGAAUUCGACUCAAUGACAUAGUCCAAAUGGCGACGGAAAAAGAGAAUAUUGAACCAGAUUAUAGGAUAAGAACUAUUGAGAGUUUAUCUAGACACAUUGAAUCCGCGCUGAGGUGGGUGGUGACGAAACGAUGUUGUUUUCCAAAAUGAUGUUUUCUCGGUGUGCAGGUAUCAGCACACGGCCACGUCACGCACGCAGUAUACGCUGCAUCGGGUGUUCAAGUGCUUCAACAUGCGGUACUACGAGAGUUAUGUGACCGGAAUGUACUUGGUGGGUUUUUGACUCUCUUUUGUCUCUUUCGCUCAAUGGAGGCAAGUCUGCGUCUCUUGAGACAAAGAUCGGUCCUUAAGAGUGGACUCUGUGAUCCAAAUGAAAAGGCAGAGAAUAUUAACGAAAAAGAGAAGGAAGCAAGAAACCCUUGGGAAUUGUGAUUGCAGGCGACAAAGAUCAUGUACGUCGGCAACAUUCUCACCAACCUGGUCCUCGUUAACAAGUUCCUCGAGACCGACGAGUACUCGAUCUACGGACUCGGCGUGCUCCGAGACUUGCUCUUCGGCCGAACGUGGAUCGAGUCCGGCAAUUUUCCCAGAGUCACAUUGGUGAGUUUUCAAUGCAUUUCAUUUUGAUCCUCUGCUCAUUUCCAGUGCGAUUUCGAAGUGCGUGUACUGGGAAACAAUCAACGGCACAGUGUUCAGUGCGUUCUCGUCAUCAACAUUUUCAACGAGAAGAUCUUCAUUCUGAUCUGGCUCUGGUUCACUCUGCUCUUCGUCGCCUCCACUUUGGACAUGCUCUACUGGUUCAGUAUAUCCAUGUUCCAUAGGGAUCGCUUUCGUUUCGUUCUCCGCCAUCUGGAGCUCACCUCGGACCCCGACAAGCCCGAAUUGUUUAGGAAAGAGAAACGGAAACAAGUGGAACACUUUCUUAGGACGUAUCUUAAAGUACGGUUUUAUUCUAUGUAUACGAGUGAAACAAUCUCGAGUUAAGGUCGACGGUGUUCUGGUGCUCAGAAUGAUUGCGCUCCACGCAGGCGUCAUGUUUUGUACCGAGAUUACCGAUGCAUUGUGGAAGAGGUAUUUGAGUCAACACCCGGAAAACCUCAUAGACGAUGACUCAUCGCUCAUUACUUUCGCCAGGUGGGUUGAUGUUUGGUCUGCCGAAUAAUCUUUCCUCGAACCGGCCGAUUGUACUUUGCCUACACUUCAGAGCACAAUCAAUCCGGCGGAAAAGGAAUGAUAGCUCCAAUUCGGAUGGUCAGAAUCAUCAGAGACUCGGGAGGAUUCUGUCGCAUCGGAGCACCGGCGGAAGCUUCCGUUUGAACAGGACACAGUCGACAAACAGGAGUCUCACGACUGAAUCCAAAGGAGCGCCCGCCACGAACGCGACGGCCUCCCCGAAUACUCCACCUCCAGCGGCGCCAAAGUAAGACUCUUCCCCUCUCUUUCCCAGUAAAUUCACCGCUGAAACAGAGGCAUUUGCAGCUCUCGAUUCGGAAAAGUAAAACCGCGAAGGACCGUAGUCACUAUCAACUCGCAACAGAACGACGCACGGACAAGUCCGGACCCGAUUCAGGAGCUGAGUCGGAUGGAGAACGUUCCGUUGGCCGUAUGA